AUGGAUGCGCGCAAGCAGAAAAGACUUGGCCCGGCGCCAAUUGCAUCGUUUGAAAAGUCAUUUGAGGACAAUACCACGACUCAACAGCAACAGCGACAACAACAACAACAAAUGAUGGCCACAUCGGAGGCAAGCGGCAAAGUGGCGCUACGCAGCAAAACGAAAACAACGACGACGAUAAGCAGUACGACGACGAGUACCACAAAUACCAGCGCCAGCGAAGCACCCAGCAUAUCAGGAAGAGGAACUGCAGCGUCCACCACACAAAGCAGCAGCAGCUCCUCGUCAUCACCCUCGUCCGUCACCUGCUCGUCCACGGCGAUCAGCACGGUAGCCAAGCAACGACCGCCCCCACUGAAAACGGCAACAACAACGGUAACCACAACGCUCGUCAGCAGCAAUGAGGGCGGUCAGCCCAUGCCUCCGGUGGCAGGCGUUAGCAAUUUUCGUGGCACAGCGACCCUAACGACGCCCUCAACGCCUCGCAUUGAAUUGAGCCGUGCCUCGUCCUCAUCGCAUCACGAGGAAGAUAGUCGCGACAGUAGUCCGGAAAAUGUCUUUGAGCAGGUCGGCACUGGCACCCUACAGGAAACAAUUGGUCUUGGCUUUCGCGAAGAAGGUGCUCUCGAGCUGCGCAGCUCCACCGAGGAGCUCUAUUUUAUGGAUCCCGAACAGAAAAAGGAGGAGCAGGAACGACAACAACAGCAACAACAGGCCAAGCGCUCCUCACCGCACAUCUUUAAGUUCGACGAUCAUCAAAGUUACCUGCAACAACAUCAACGGAAAGACUCUGCCAGCUCCGAGGUAGCCGCCUUGCUCUGCAUUUCAGGUCGAACGAGUCGUAUAUCCAGCGUUGGCAGUCAGGGAUCUGCCGUCAGCCGCCUCUCUGCCGUGUCUGGUGUCUCCCGCUCGCCAUCUCCCCAUCGCAUGCUACUCGAGACGUCAUUCUGUGGACCCAAGCCACUGGAGCAUGGAACUGACGGUGCAGCGAGUGGCGCCAGCAAUGCCUCAACGGCGCCCAGUUCCAUACAGAGCAUCGAGACGACUGCCAACACGGCACUGCUAGAGCAGGUGCUAUUGGCACGUAAGCAUGAUCCCACCCAAGUGGUGCUGGCAGAGGGAAUACAGGUGGAGAAUUUAUCAGCUGCAGGGCGCAAAUCGAAGCCUUCAACUCUCGCCAAUGGCGAAGCCAAGACAGCAAAGCACAUGACCGCGCCCAGCAUGGGUGCUCAGCGGCGUAGCACCAAGAGUCCAGGCCAAAUGGUGAUAGGCAAAACACCCAGCGGCACGGAGUAUAUACGCAUUAAUUUGCGUCCCGAUCACAUGUACAGUGACAAAGGCAUUGCAGCCAAUGAACGCGUGGUGGAGGCGCCCAACCAAUUGACACCCGUAUACUCCAAGAGCGCCCAGUCUGCCACGCCAAAGCCCGCAUCACUCAGCUUACAGGGCGGCGGUGUAGACGAACACAGGCUUACGCCAACUGCCAGCCCAAAGCCGGCACGCCAUGCAGCCCGACUAAGCAGCCGCUCGCCCUCUCCCGCCACCACCAGUGUGUCGCGAAAGAGCUCCUUCAGCUCACUCUUUCGCCUGGGUGGGGGCGGUGGCAAGGAUUCGCCCGAUUCACCACGCGAAUGCUCUCGGUCGCGCAGCAAAAGCAAGGAGCGACCCACGCCUCAAUCACAAAAUGUAACGCCCAGUAAGCAGAAGUCAGUGUUGGCCAUCUUCAAGCCGGGCAAGCGGGGCAGCAGUGCCGGCACAGAUGGAACAAAGAGCUCCAAGAGCUCUUCGCCCAUUGACGCAUACGAAAUGCAACCACAGCCACCUCCGGCUCCUUCGAUGCCUGGACGUAGCCGCACCCCGGUUAUUACGAGUACCGGUUCGCGACCGAAUAGCCGACUACGGUACUACGAUGAGCCUGUCGAGGGCGUCAUACACAUACCGCUUCACACUCCCCCAGAGGAGCGGGAAGCACGCACCCUCCUGCAGGGGAUUCAGCAGUUGGCAGCAGCUGCUUCGAGUGCACCCUCGCCACCACCUCUGCCAAGUCAUGCAACGGCCGCUGCUGGCGCACCCAUCACAGCUAGCCAGCUGGCAGCAGCCGCUGCAGCGCUAAAGCCCGUCGGUCCACGAAAAGGCUCCGGAACUAUGCAGACACAGGCUGCGGUCCAGGCGCGACCGGCACAUCAGCAACGCAUCGAGAAUCUCGAUGCAAUUCAGACUCUGCCCGCAGAUGAGGACAAUAAGGAUCGCGCUUGGAGUUUGGAGGUGCAACGCCACAGCUCACAGGAUUCACAAGAAACUUUACACUCAGUAACCUCCGUGGUCAGUGCGCGUGCCGCCAACCUAGCGCAGGUGACUGAGCAUGUGGCAAGAGAAAACUGUGUGACCGAAAUUCAUCGCCUUCCCUCUGUGGAGAGCACGCAGAGUGCCUGCGAGCCACGUCUGGUCGAAACAGUGGCCACUGUCAAUGCUCCUGUUGAUGAUCCAGUAGCCAAAGAGCGUCGACGUUUACUGUUCGCCACACGUCUAGGGUCCGGCAGUCAGGAACAGCUCUUCUCAACUCAGUUCAGUAUCUCCAAGACAGAGAGCCAGUCCAGUCAGCUGUCGGAGCAGGUUCAGGAAUCUGGCUCCACGGCAUCCGAAUGCACCAACGAUGGUCUGCAACGUCAGGGAACCGUCAUACGACGCACGGAAAUUGGGCUUGAACAGCAGCACCAAAAAAGUACUGUAUCUAGCUCGGAAGAGGAGCAAGUACAGCCGUCACCGAGCACCGUGGUAGCAGCUGUGGUCAUGCGACCUAAGCACAAGUCUCACUCCAACUCGGAGGAGGAACAAGCACCAUUGUCAGACGUACGGCACUCACGUUAUCUGGAGAACUUUGAUGUGAGCAAAAAGUACCACGAGAACGUGCCCCGAAAGCCAAAGCGUCAAAGCAUAACUGAGCCGGAGGAAUUACCCAAAAGUCGUCCCACACUGCCACAACCGCCGCCACCCAGUACAGCGCCGUCGCCCUCACCGCCACUCUCAUCACGCGGACAAUCUCAGUCGCCUGUCGAACGGCGACGAACACCAACGCCCACCAAGCCACCACGUGCGUCAACGCCAACGCGCCGAAGCUCCAGUGGAACCACACCCACCACGCCAACGAUGGUAGCGUCUAUGCCUCAAGCUGUCAUUACGCCACCUAACAAGGAACAGGACCGGGAACACCAAUUCGAACGGCACUCCACAGACGAGCACGAACCCAUCGAGUCGUCCGAGAGCGAACGCGACUCGGACAUGGCUGGCAGCUCAUCCGUGGCCACGGCCGUUCAAGUGGGUGCCAGCGGAGACUCAAAACGCCACCACUUCCCACGAAACGUUUGCUUAAUUGAGGAGCAUGAGAGCACUGGAUUAGUCUCGCAGGAGUCCUUUGACGACGAUCUACCAUACAUACCCACAACGUUGCCCGAGGAACGUGCUCAGGGUGUUCCGCUCAUACCAAUGAAGGAACGUGCAAAUAUGGAGCUUAAAACCUGCCCUGUGGACCGUCCACGCUCCACUACUCCCCUAAACCCCUCGCAUCUGGAGGAGUACUGUGGCAUUAUGACCCCACAUGAAGCACCAAAUGCUGGCCACGAACUGGGUGCUGGUACCGCGGGUCCUUCCCACGAGUCAAGUGCACCUGUGCGCGGUGAGAAGUUGCGCAUCAGCUUGCCACGCAAGGACUCUGCAGCCAAAGACAAAGCGCAGAGCUCCAAGUCGCCACGUCGCAUUUCCAAUGCCAGUGGCAAGUCCUGGUUUGAGUUUGCCGAAGAAGGACUGCGCGCCGGCGCCAGCAAUCUGGAGCGCAAGGACUCCAACAAACAGCUGCUGGCAAGCGCAGCCACCACCACCACAACGACGAAAGCCAGCACUGUGCCCGCAGCCGCCGAGGAGCAAACCCGCUCCAGACCGAGCAGCUCAACCCAACGCAAGCUCUCCGGCCAUUGGAUCGACUUUGAAAAUAUACCCGAGAAACGCAAGCCAGCCAAACGUAUAACCACACUACCCAAGGAGACAAUAACAACCACCAAUACGGCAACCACGGGUGCAUCCACCGCCUCAACGUCCGCCUGUGCCAGCACCGGGCACCGGGCGCCACCGCAUGCCCAUCACCAGCAUCAUCAUCACCAGCAGCGCCAGCCCCCAGAUGUAACCGGCGCAGGAGCUGGCGGCGACAAACUGCACUACAACUACGUGAAGCCGGAGGACUGUCAGUGCGAGUGCCACGAGGCGGAGCGCGGUGAGUCCUUGGGGGCCACAGCAGCCGCUGCUGACACCAGCACGGGGACUGGCACGGGCAGUGAGUCUCUGGCCUCGGUGGACCUUCUGCAACAGGGCGAGGAUAUGCUGCCACUACUCGAGCCUGAGGCGCAUGAUUCAUCGCAUUUGGAGAGCAGAUGCUAUACAGGCGAGGAGUUAGACCGGCCUGUGCGUCACAGUAACGGAAAAGGCGGUACUACGCGGGCGGAGGAGUUUCCACGUCGCGAUGCUGCGCAAAGUCCUAGAAAUCGUAAAUUUCCCGAUAAUAGAAUGUAA